AUGGUCAAUACUGAGAUCCCAAGGCAUUACACUGCGUCGCCGUCGUCGUACCCGGGAACGCCCCAUUUGACGAUCAAUCGUGAGGCUACUAUAGACCUCGACUCCACCAAUGCCUUCGAAGGGCCAGAAAAGCUCCUAGAAGUAUGGUUCGCGGCCUCUUCAGACGUUCUGCCGGACUCUGCUGGACCUCAUGGCCUCAAGAAGGUCUCUGCUGACACUUGGAAGGAGAUGCUUGACCUUGUCAACUGCAAGGUUCUCUCCGUCAUCGAAUCCGAACAUGUGGACGCUUACCUGCUCUCGGAGUCUAGCAUGUUUGUAUUCCCGCACAAGCUUGUUUUGAAGACAUGCGGCACCACGACCCUACUCUUGGGUCUUCCGCGCAUGCUGGAAAUUGCCGCCCUUGAAGCCGGCUUUCCACAUGCGAAGGCCGACCCCCCGAGAGGCAUUCCGGCUGCUGCGACUCCGUAUCGCGUCUUCUACAGUCGCAAGAACUUCUUGCAUCCGGAGCAGCAGCGCGGGCCCCAUCGCAGCUGGAGAGACGAAGUUCGCUUCAUGGAUAGGAUGUUCCUUGGCGGCAGCGCUUACAUGAUCGGCAAGAUGAACGGCGAGCACUGGUAUCUGUAUAUCACCGGACCGGAUACCCGCUUGACACCACCUACCACACCGGAUCGGGAGAACUCAGAAACCGAGACUAGGUUCAUCGAUAUGCGCAAAGGAGAAUCGCCUGACCAAGGCUCCGACGAAGCCCAAGACGAGACUCUCGAAGUCCUAAUGACCGAUCUCGACGAGAAGAACGCCCGCCAAUUCUAUCUUGAAGAUGCGAGCGCCGUCGCAGAGGGCCGCUUCUUCCAGCGUGCCCGCGAAGCCCGCAAAACCGCCAUCUCGAACCUCGGCGUCAUUCACGAAAACCCAUCCGCCGAGUCCAGCUUAGCCGGCAGCACCCUCCUCAACGGCCAAAACAACACCACUCGCAACGCCGCCGACGACUUCGACGUCUUUGAGCAGACCUCCUCGGACCACAGCGGCUUCUCUUCCGGCGAGGAGAACGAGGAGGACCUCACUUUCCCCGAGGAGCUCACGACCGAAGGCCACACGCUCGGCACCGUCGUCUCCGACUCGUGCGGCCUUAGCGACGUCUACCCGACGGCCAAGUACCCAGAUGCCCGCAUCGACGCGUACUUGUUCACGCCCUGCGGCUUCAGCGCCAACGGCGUCGUCCCCGCCCCUACCCGCGCAGACGGCUCGAAGAGCACGCACUAUUUCACCGUGCACGUGACGCCGGAGCCGCAGUGCAGCUACGCGAGCUUCGAGACGAAUGUUCCCGCGCGGCAGUCUGGGCGCGAGACUGCUGACAUCGUCGAGCAGGUCGUUAAGAUUUUCCGCCCGGGACGCUUCUCGGUUACGCUGUUUGAGGCUAAGCCGAAGGCGGGGGGCGAUGGGGAGGCGGCGAAGAGGAGCAGGAGGAUGGAGGCCAUUGAGGGGUAUAGGAGGGUCGAUCGGAUUGUGCAUGAUUUGGAUGGGUACGAUUUGGUGUUUAGGUAUUAUGAGAGGUUUGAUUGGAAGGGGGGUGCGCCGAGGUUGGGGGAGGUGAUGUAG